AUGGCAGAUAUAACCGAAGAUCCACUUGCACCUAAAAAUGGACUAACGCUUACUCCGUUCCAUCUUCUCACACUCCUCAUCUCCUCACUGACCCUGUUCUUAUCUUCCCUCCAUCUCCCAGCGCCUUUCCGAUCUAUCGUCGGAAUGUCCAAGAGGGCCUCGCUACUGUUGGUAUGUCUGAUGAUAGGUCAUUGGGUGAUCACUUCCCAGAUGAACAACUACCACAAGCGAAUUGAAAAAGCUCAUAGAGAGGAGAAAGGGAGGUAUGACCCUUUGGUUAAAGGUAAGAUAGAUAAGAAAAAGAAUGAUUGGGAAAACGCCGCUGCUCAUCCCUCACAUUUCUUGACCACAAGAGAUGGUAAACCGAGAUUAUUUCCUUUCCCCUUGGGUCUAGCUGGUGGACAAGAUUCGACGAAGAAGACAAUGUGGUGGGAAGCAGGUAAUUCCGCUCAUGUUGGUCAUUACAAUCAACGAGAAACGCCUGAAGCUAGAGAACAACUAAGACUAGAAGUAGAAGCUAAGGAAAGUGCCAGGCAGAAAAAGGCCAAAAAGGCUAUAGAAGCGUAUGAGAAGAAUAGGAAGAAGUGGCAGAAGAGAUUAACGCAUUUGAAAAUGAUCAGUGCAAUAGUAAUCAUCGGUAUAUUUCAAAGGAAGAUAGCUGUAGUCUGUCUAGCAGGUAUGAUAUACUACGUAUUCGCAAUGGAGAUAACCGAGAUGUUGAAACCGAAAAGUAAAGAGGUGGAUGAUGAUGAUAAAACAGCUAAGAAGAGGAAGAAAAUACCUACUACACCCGGUAUGGCUAUGACAUACAUAUACGAACCUAAUGGUCAGAGCGUCAACGAAGCCGGUGCGAUCCCUACUAAAGCGCCUAGUCAUCGGCUUAUGACCAGUUUGGAUAGUAGAUAUGCUUCGUAG